CACACUCCCUUCCCCUUAAACCCGGAGAAUAAACACGGAGCAGGAGCAGGACUAACCUCCCCACUCGGUGCGCACCAUCCAUGGUCCUCUCCUGGACGCCUGUUUGACAGGAGGGUUGGCGUUACUUUGCUGAAGCGACAGAGGCAGGCCCUGAGUCAGAGGUGAAGAAAGCAAGACAGGAGUCCUCCCAGACAGCAGGGGGCGGCAGCAGCAGGCAUGCAGGACUCCACCUCAGACAGCAUGCUGGACAUGGCCAAACAGGAACAGAACUCCAAGCAUCUGGACGAACACAGAGAAACAGAAGAAAUAUCUGAGAAGACAUCGUCAAACAAAAACCUCAAAUCCCCGCAGAAAGGCUCCAAGCGACUGAAAACGUUCCCAUUCAAAGUGACCCUGCUGGACACUUCUGAGUAUGAAGGAGAAAUUGAGAAACACUCAAAAGGACAGACCCUGAUGGACAUGGUGUGUGAGCACCUCAACUUACUGGAGAAGGACUACUUCGGCCUGACCUUUGCUGACACCGACACCCAGAAGAACUGGUUGGACCCCUCCAAGGAGAUCAAGAAGCAGAUGCGCAACUCUCCAUGGAACUUUGCCUUCGCAGUCAAGUUCUACCCUCCAGACCCCUCCCAGCUCACUGAGGAUAUCACCAGAUACUACCUAUGUCUGCAGCUGAGGGAUGACAUGCUGUCAGGUCGACUGCCUUGCUCGUUCGUCACUCACGCCCUACUGGGCUCCUACUCCGUUCAAGCCGAGCUGGGAGACUAUGACCAGGAGGACCACGGCUCCGACUAUGUCAGCGAUUUCCGCUUUGCCCCGAAUCAGACUCGCGAGCUGGAGGAGAGGGUGAUGGAGCUCCAUCGAAACUACAAGGGGAUGACUCCAGCAGAGGCUGAAAUUAACUUCUUGGAGAAUGCGAAGAAACUGUCCAUGUACGGUGUGGACCUCCACCAUGCUAAGGAUUCUGAAGGGAUUGAAAUAAUGCUCGGCGUCUGUGCCAAUGGUCUGCUGAUUUACAGAGAUAGGCUGAGAAUCAACCGCUUUGCCUGGCCAAAGAUCCUAAAGAUCUCUUAUAAGAGGAGCAACUUUUACAUCAAGAUACGACCUGGAGAGUACGAGCAGUUUGAAAGUACAAUCGGUUUUAAGCUUCCCCACCACAGAGCUGCCAAGAGGCUGUGGAAGGUCUGCAUUGAGCAUCACACUUUCUUCCGGCUGGUAUCUCCAGAGCCACCCCCUAAGGGAUUCUUGGUGAUGGGUUCAAAGUUCAGAUACAGUGGAAGGACACAGGCUCAAACCAGACAGGCCAGCUCGCUCAUCGACCGGCCUGCUCCACACUUUGAACGCUCCGCCAGCAAGAGGUACCUGCUGUCCAGGAGCUUGGACGGAGAGUUCUCACGGCCAGUCUCAGCCAUGUGUGAGAACCACGACGGCCUGUCCCACCGCAGCGCCAGUGAGCAGCGGCGCCUCCACAGCCCCUCCAUGGACGAGCAGGAGACCGAGCUGGAGCCCAGCUUGGAGCAGGACGAGGACGACAAGGACCUUGACCAGGGCACAGAGUCUGAGCAGGACAAAGACGUUGAUGGCAACAUCAGUCCAAGCCGAAAGAAAGAGAUCAUGGAGGAGGCUGGGUCACCAGCUGACAGUAAACAGGAGCUCUCUCAGUUGGACCAGGAGGCCACUCCUCGGCACAAACAGGAGUUCCUGGACAAGUCUCAGGACGUCUUGCUGAAGCACCAGGCCAGCAUCAAUGAGCUGAAGAGAGCCCUGAGGGAACCCAACAGCAAGCUGAUGAACCGUGAGAAGCGUCUGUCUUCAACCUCCCCGACCAGCACACCAGAGAAGAAGGCUUUGGUGGGUCGAUCAGUUGGACAGGACCCUGUCAACAGCCUGUCUGUUGAGGGUUUCGUCCAGAAGACUGUGGUGACUUCACCUGAGGGCUCUGAGGAGUGGGUAUUGAUUGAAAAACAAGAAACUUAUCAACCAGACCAUGACUGGAAGGCAGAAGAAAGGAACAAAUCUCUCACAUUGGAUUCCUCAUGGGAGAAAAAGGAGCUGGAAAAAGAGAUAGAUGUUGCCAAGAUGAUACAUAAAGAGGUGACAGGGUUUGACAGAAGAGGAAUGAAAAGCCAUAUCGAUGAAACAAAAUUGUCCAGUGAGGCAGAUGUAUGCUCGGAAUCUUGGACGACCAACAAAGGUCGUUUCGUGAUUCAAUCAUCUGAGAAUGCAGACUUGUUUCAAGACAAAUCUCAAAGUAAACCAUCUCACGCCUCGGACCCUGAGGCAGACAGCGAUGUGGCCCCAAGCUCGUGCCAGAUAAAGGAACGCACAUCUUCCAAACAAAGGAAAAAGAGGAGACCCCAGAGCUUAAACCUGGGAAUGCCUGUGGAGCUCAUCUACAGGAAAGCAGGCAGUGAUUCUAGUGAAGAAGAGAAUGAAGGCUCAAACUCGGACAGUAGUCCAGACAAAAUGUUUCAAACAGGAAAUCAUUGUGAAUCAUCCCCGGUGGUGGUGAAGAAAGAUGAUGAGGGAUCAGGAAAGAAUCAGUCAGUCAGGGUCUACAAAGACACCAAACUGGAGGAGAUCUCAGUAGAAGAAAGCAGAGAGGUCUCUACUGAAGAUGCAGAGCAGGUCAAGAGAAAAAAAGUCAGUCAGGUUGGAGCAACAGAUAUUGAUUCAGGGUCAGUGAACGGACCUGGAAAGAUAGAACUUGAUAGUUCAUUAGCAAGUGUUAAAGGAGAAUGUGUGAUGAAGGUGCGAGGGAAGGGCCUUAUUGACAAUAAAGAGCUAGCAGAGGUAAAACUGCGACAGGUCAGAACACACGAGAGGAAGAUCAGUAGUUCUGGGGCAGAGGAUAUUGAAGGGUUCUUGGGAGAGAAAGGUCAGAGGACAUCUCUCCACCGACUGUCAAGCAGCAGCUACCAGUCAGAAAUCACCAGGAUUGUUCCUCUUAAGCCAGAGCGGUCAAAGAGCAUCGCAUGUAAGGAUGAAAGGGACAGGACAGGACAGGACGAACUAACUCGGAUCACCAGAAGAGAAUACCGCUGGUCGGUCGGCUCUCCGGAGGGAUCCACAGACCUCAACUGGACUGAUGUCUCCACCUUGCAUUCAGCAUUUGCAGCAGAUCUGGAGGGUACUGCUAAAACAGAUCAACAUGACGACAGCUAUCAGUUUGGUAGAGGGCCGACCGAGAGUCAGUCGUUCGGCUCAAAGAUUUCAGCGCUUCCCAAAAUGGCUCCCCCAGCCCCGCCAGUGAAAACACAGAAGGCCAGGGAGUCCGGACUGAUACUGCGGAACAGUCGCAAUGCUGGCAGGGAGCCGGGCCUGGAUGCAGCCAAGAAGAGACACUCGGAGCCUGUCUCCACUCCUGCCAUUUAUGAAGAGCCGUUUGCUGAUUUCAAGAGGGAAUUUGGGGACAGGAGGCCCCAGCCGGGCUUAGCCCCUGAUGAAGAGCAGGAGCGUGACACUGUGGCCUGCAUGAGGGAAAGCCACCUGGGCAUCGAGCGGAAGUGCUCUAGCAUGACGGUCAGCUCCACCUCUAGCCUUGAGGCUGAGGUUGACUUCACCAUCAUCACGGAUCUCCACUCUGGUGUGGAGGACUUCUCUAAAGGCAUGUCGGAGCUGGGAGAGAGGGAGCGACAACCCGAGGUGGGCCGGGAGGACUUUGAGGAGACCUCCAGGUUCUACUCUGCCCGUCUGAUGGGCUCCCGCGACAAGUCUCCCAUAGAGGAGAAGCUUCCUGAGGCAGCAACACAUCAUGAGCCUCCCGUGGCAAAGAAAGACGCCAGUGCUGUGAGCGUGGCCCAUAUGCUGAAGAGGACCGACUCCAAGACUGAGACACAAACGAAUGGAUCAGAGGUCCAUCCCAACACUGUCAACGCCUCCUCACAGAACUAUGGAGCCGUCAGUCCACUGGAGGCUCCUGCUGCCCUUAAAGAAAAUGGCUCCCCUGUUAAAGCCAGCCCCCAGGGGAGGGAGUCCGUCGUGUCCCCACUGACCAUCACCGCUGAGAACGUCACCUCGGCAACCACAACUCAAGUCACCAAGACUGUGAAAGGAGGCUACUCAGAGACCAGAAUCGAGAAAAGGAUUAUCAUCACAGGAGACGAUGAUGUGGACCAACAUCAGGCCCUCGCCAUGGCGAUCCAGGAGGCCAAGCAGCAGCACCCCGACAUGCUGGUGACGAAAGCAGUGGUCAUCAGGGAAACAGAGUCACCUACUGAGGAUGUGCAGCAGAAGGCAGAGUCCUGAUAGGUAGUGAUGGCCCCUGAGACGGGGAGACACAAGAGGGAUCCUCCAGCUGUGUGUGUGUCUCCUGCCCCACCUUGCAGUACGCCACCAAGAGGACUAUCUACCCCACUGUGGACACACCGACACAAGAACAGACUGCCUUCCCGUGAGGCAGUCAGCUUCACUCCUGUCCCUUUAGACAAACCAACUGUGACCUGGCCUCCUGGGCCACCCCGUCCCAUCCCUCCACCUCCCUACAGAACAGGAAACGUCUUCUACUGGAUAGUUUGCGAGUGAUGGAACUGAAAGAACAACACCAUUCACAGCUGUAAUUUGAUUUCACCUCUAAUUAGAGUCAUUGUAUGAAACUUUACUUGCAUAUUAUUUAAUCUAACACGUUUUUGACUCAUGUGAACCCUCAGGAUCAUUUUAGAUAAUUUGACUUUUUACCCCCAAACUCCAUGGCCCCUUUUUCCUUCCCUUAAAAAAAAGUCUUUCUAUUUUAAAGUCAAAUUUCUUCUCUGUGCUACUGUCACAUAUGAAAUGUAUAUAUGAGGAGGGGAUGAUUGGGUGAAAGUAUAGAGGGGCAGUGCUGGUGAUGGGGGGGUGGGUUGCCGAGGUUGGUGCCGAGUUGCAAAUGGCAGCCUCUUAGCUCGAUGUCGCCACCUCUUGGCUGUGACACCUUCAGUAUAAUCAACAGCUGUCUUAUUAGCUUUUUACAUUUUUAUCUAUAGAGAAUCUAAUUUAUGUCCAGUGUUUGCUUGUUUAUGAAAUAUGUAUAAUACCAGAUGAUUAUAAUCUGCAUGAUUCAAUACAGAAAAUAGCCGAGGGAAUGAAAAAAAAAACAUGGACACAGCUCUGACGUGACGAGCGUCUGGGGAGAAAUUGUAAAACAUAAAAUGCUGGUGGACACUGAACUAAUGUUGACGGACUUUACUGAGGAACAUGAGGACGGAUUAAUGGACAGCUAGGAGUCCUCUUCGGGCUCAGACUCCAACACGCGAUCAUUGCUGUCCUCGCUCCGUUUUUCCGCCACCUCUCUGUUACAGUUUUCAUUUCGGGGUCAACUCGCCUUCAACAUUAAGAAACGCUGGGCGCACGUUUUAGGCACACUCAUAAAGAUUUGUAGAGAAAUUUUAAUAUGAAUAAUGUUUCAUCUGAUAAGUUUCAGAAAUGUGAUGAUGUUUUCCUACUUGAUUUCAAUGACUUCCACAAAGAAAGUGAGUUUUUCUUAUCCUUUUGGACGUUUCAGUCGUCUGUGAACCUGCGGACAACAUCACUGAUAAUUCAAGUCCCCUCUAGUGUUUUGUCCGACAACUUUGCUAGAAGUCAAUGGAAACAUAAGCAAAGUCAUUCGAGUUUAUUAGACUGGGAAAUUGUGAUGCAUUUAAGAGAAAUCCAGUGAAUUAGAGGACACACAUCUGGUCACGUAGCUGUGCCUGAAGAUUCCAAAUCUUACUAAUAUCCCUAUUGAUAAUCAAUACCAGCAUCAAUUCCAUACCUUGAAUCUGUUAUAAUUUGUUAUUUGCCCACAUUGAUGCAUCAAACAUCUGUUUAGCAAUAUUAAGAAAAAAAGAUUCUCCAGUUUUUAACGUGCACGUUCACAAACACUUCCUGAAACGUUCAGUACAACAAGAUUAACAUGGGUUAUUGUUUUGUUGUUGUUCUGUUGGAUUAACUCUUUUUAAGUUAUGCUGUAUGAGUUUGUAAUUGUAUUUAUAGGAGUGGUGAGUGUGAGGCCUGUGCUUUUCCUCCUCGUUUCCCUCGCAGACAAAGCCGAGACUCGUAGACCGACACACACGAUUUAAAUCCACAGGGCCUGCUGUCGGUCAUAUAUAUCCUGGAUGACCUUUAAUACUGUACUAUGCAUCACUUAUCAUACAUGAGAGGAUUCUCUCUGUGAUGGAGCCUGUUAGCCGUGUUGCUGUCAUUGUUAACUUUGUGCUACUGUUAACCCCUGCAGCAGUGAGGCGCACUGCUUGUGAGAAUUGCAAUAAGCAGCCAUUACUCUUAUCCCGAGUCCUCUAAAGGGAGAAAACUGUGAACUUGUCAUGCGAACCGAAGGCGUAACCAAAACCUAUAACAGAGUUAGUGAUAUUCAAAGGAGCUUCUCCAACACUUGGCUUCCCAUGGCUUUGUCGCCCUCCUCGUCUAAUCCCCCCCAUCCCCUCACUGGAAACUGUCGACCUGCUGUUGAUGUGUCUGCGGAAACAAGAGAUUCCCAAACUGAUGUAUAUUCAACUUUUUGCUCUAUUUUAUUUGAUCUUGUCUAAUGACACUGGACUGUUGUGAGGGCACUAGCUUCCCACGAUAGCAGCACAUAUACUGUAAACUGUGUGGGGGGGGGGGUAAAUAAAACGGCCUAUACUAGACAUACAAUGGAAGAGAAACACCUGUAGCCAUCAGGAUUGAAGUGGUGCACUGUGGGUGAGGUGGUGGGUUGAAGGAUGGAGGACCUGUACUUAUAUACAUUUCUAUAUAAAUAUCCAUACUUGUGUGUAUAUCCUGUAAAGUAUGUAGAAACUGAGUAGGGAUGUGUUGGGAGGUUCAAGGGAUGAGGCAGUGAAAGUAAAAAGCUGAAGGACAGCAGAGACAGAAACGUCACAUGAGCGGGUGCCUUAUGUUGGGAGUCAGUGCUCGGCUGAAAGUGCUGUUAAUCACCGUGAGGCAGAUGUGGAGACGACCUCUGCUGUCAGUCCGAGGUGAGCAGGAGCCGUCCUGAGAGUGAAUUAGAGUCUUGAUAAGAAAGUGACACUGAGUGCAGUGGAGGAGUCAACUCUCUGAAUCUGGGCUGUUCAUACAUCAUGAGAUGAAAACAUGUAUUGGCCCAGUUAACGUAGAAAACCAGCACAGUGCCCAUUAUUGAAAUUAGCUUAAUUUAUUUCUUUUUAAGAAGCAUUUUUUAAAUUUUUUUUUUUUCCUUGAAGAGCAUCAAACUGCUCCACCUGUAACCUCCACCUUCAACUCUCCACUGCCUUUUGCUCUACAUUCCCCUAGUGCUUGGUGGUGUGUAUUUGCUGUAUUUGCAUUCAGCCUAAAUGGAAAACAUACAUGCAUAAAUAAAUGUCUCAGUAUGAAUCAAA